AUGCCCGUUCGAGAGAAUGGCGGGAGCAAAGAUGGCGUAGUGUUGAACAAAUAUUCUUGUGAAGUUACACAAGGAGCAGAAAAAGGUGGAGCACAAGCGAUGUUACAUGCAGCCGGACUAUCGAUCGAAGAUUUGGAUAAACCACAAAUUGGUAUUUCUAGUGUUUGGUGGGAAGGAAAUCCGUGUAAUAUGCAUUUGUUGGAAUUCGGUAAAUUGGUUAAACAAGGUUGUCAAAAUGCCGGUUUGAUCGGAUUGCAGUUCAACACGAUUGGUAUUUCCGAUGGUAUCACAAUGGGAAGUCAAGGUAUGCGUUUCUCUUUGCCUUCUCGUGAUUUGAUCGCCGAUAGUAUCGAGUCUGUCAUGGUGGGUCAAUGCUAUGACGCAAAUGUUAGCAUCGUUGGGUGUGAUAAGAACCCCCCUGGUGCACUCAUGGCCGCAAUGAGACACAACCGUCCUACGAUUAUGGUAUGGGGAGGUACGAUCUUGCCCGGUUAUCUUUCAAAGGAUAUCGAAAGUAUUGGAAAGAAAAAGGGCGAUAAAACAAACAUCAGUGAUACGUUCGAAGCUGCAGGUGCAUACAUCACCGGAAAAAUCACCAACGAAGAACGUUUAGAGAUCGUUCGAAAAGCUUGUCCCGGUCCUGGAGCAUGCGGUGGCAUGUAUACCGCAAACACAAUGGCUUCUUUCUUGGAAGUGACGGGAAUGUGCUUACCAGGCACAGCCUCAACACCCGCUGUCCAUGCAAACAAACAUCAAGAAUGUUUGCGGGUCGGAGCGGCAAUUCGUAAGAUGUUAGAACUUGAUAUCAAACCUAGGGAUAUUUUAACAAAGAAAGCUUUCGAGAAUGCAAUCGUACUCAUCAACGCUUUAGGAGGCUCAACAAAUGCAGUACUGCAUCUUAUUGCUAUUGCCCGAUGCGGAGAUGUAGAUUUGACCAUUGAUGAUUUCCAAAGGAUUGCAGACAAGACUCCAUUUUUGGCUAAUAUGAAACCUUCUGGAAAAUAUUUGAUGGAAGACUUGUUCAACGAAGGUGGUCUUUUGCCUGUGAUCAAAUAUUUGGCUAGCAACGAUAUGUUACACUUGGACGUUAUGACAUGCACUGGACAAACACUCGGAGAGAAUUUGAAAGACGUUGAGCCGAUCAAAUUUGAAGGACAAGAUAUUAUUGCUCCUUUGGAAAAGCCACUCAAGCCUACUGGUCAUAUUACCAUUAUGCGGGGUAAUCUUUGCCCGGGUGGAGCUGUUUCCAAGCUAACAGGUAAGGAAGGGUUGUACUUUGACGGGAAAGCAGUUUGUUUCGACCAAGAGGCGGGCGUGAUGGAAGCCAUUCAAAAUGGGCGUGUUACACAUGGAAGUGUAAUCAUAAUUCGAUACGUCGGACCGAAAGGAUCGCCAGGAAUGCCGGAGAUGCUGGCUCCCACGGCUGCUGUAAUGGGAGCAGGUCUGGGAAAAAGUACAGCUUUGAUCACAGAUGGAAGAUUUUCCGGCGCUUCCCACGGUUUUUGCACGGGACACGUUGUUCCCGAAGCUAUGGAAGGCGGACCCAUUGCUUUGGUACAAGAUGGAGAUAGGAUAACGAUUGAUGCAUCUUCACGUGAGAUUAACAUUCAUAUUGAUGAAAAUGAAUUCAGCAAACGUAAGCAAGAAUGGCAAACAAAGAUGAACGCCCAACGCGACCAACAAGCAAAAAAUACAAACGAUCCUCACGCAUCUUCCGCAAGUGCCAAUUUGCGUGUGAAACGAGGAGUUCUGGCAAAAUAUGCAAUGUUGGUCAGAGAUGCAUCUCAAGGUGCAGUAACGGAUCUUUUUUGA